GCAUUUCUCCGGGGAGAACUGAAACACAGACAGGGACGGCGUAGCUUACCCAAGGGGUUUUCGCCAUGCCUGAACCCGCCAAACCCGCAGCAAAGAAGAAAGAUGAAAAGAAGAAGGAAGUGAAGACGGAACCAAAGAAAGAAGAGCCAAAAGCAGAUGCUCCGGCAGACCAGGCAUCAGAAGGGGAACAGAAGGGAGAGCCUUCCACUCAGUCUGAUGCACUCUUCAUCAAGAAACCAGAAAGUGUGUUAACAGAGACUGGGAAGGAUAUAUGCAUUAGCUUUCAAGUGGAUGGGAAGAUGCUCCCAUGUAAACCCAACAUCAAAUGGUUCAAGGGAAAAUGGCUGGAGCUGGGGAUUAAAAGCGGGCUACGGUUCCAAUUCAAGGACAUCUUUGACAAGGAGAAAAACACUUACACCUAUGAAAUGAGAAUCAGCAAAGUGGUAAUUGGAGACCGGGGUGAUUACCGCUGUGAGGUGUCUGCCAAGGACAAGUUUGACAGCUGCACCUUCAACAUUGAUGUGGAAGCCGCAAGUACGGACAAUACGGCUGUCUUACAAGCAUUCAAACGGACAGGGGAAGGCAAAGAUGAUACUUCUGGGGAGCUGGACUUCAGUGGGUUGCUAAAAAAGAGAGAGGUCCAGCGUGAGGAGGAGGAGAAGAAGAAGAAGAAGAAGGAUGAUGAUGAUGAUCUGGGCAUCCCACCAGAGAUCUGGGAGUUGUUGAAGGGUGUGACCAAGAAAAGCGAGUACGAGCGCAUUGCCUUUGAGUACGGCAUCACUGACCUGCGUGGCAUGCUCAAGAGGCUCAAGAAAACCAAAGUGGAAGUCAAGAAGAGCGAAGCCUUCAUUAAAAAACUGGACCCUGCUUACCAAGUUGACAAGGGCCAUAAGAUCAAGAUGUGGGUGGAGGUGAGCAACCCAGACCUUCCAAUCAAAUGGAUGAAAAAUGGACAAGUGAUCAAGCCCAGUGGCAAGUACAUCUUUGAGAAUGUGGGCAAGAAGCGCAUCCUGACCAUCACCAAGACCACACUAGCUGAUGACGCAGCCUACGAGUGCGUUGUCGGGGAUGAGAGGUGCUCCACGGAGGUCUUUGUCAAAGAACCUCCUGUCCUGGUUGUGAGUGGCCUGGAUGAUCAGCAGGUGGUAGUGGGAGACCGAGUGGAGAUGGAAGUUGAAGUGUCUGAGGAAGGAGCCCAGGUGGUCUGGUGUAAGAAUGGUGUAGAACUGACUCGAGAAGAGACUUUCAAAUACCGCUUCAAGAAGGAUGGCAAAAAGCACAUCCUCAUCAUCAAUGAGGCCACCAAGGAGGAUGCUGGACGCUACAUGAUCAAGACCAAUGGUGGCCAAUCAGAGGCAGACCUCGUAGUUGAUGAUAAGCAGCUUGAGGUCCUUCAGGAUAUUGCUGACCUCACAGUCAAAGCUGCAGAGCAGGCGGUCUUCAAGUGUGAAGUGUCAGAUGAGAAGGUGACAGGCAAAUGGUAUAAGAAUGGAGUUGAGGUCCGGCCCAGCAAACGUAUUACAAUUUCUCACAAGGGCAGAUUCCACAAGCUGGUCAUUGAUGAUGUGAGACCAGAAGAUGAGGGAGACUACACUUUUGUUCCUGAUGGAUAUGCGCUUUCACUUUCUGCCAAGCUCAACUUCUUGGAAAUCAAGAUUGAGUAUGUCCCCAAACAAGAGCCCCCCAAGAUCCACUUGGACUGUGGUUCAGGAAAAACAAACGAAAACACCAUUGUGGUGGUCGCUGGCAACAAGCUGCGCCUUGAUGUGUCAAUCACUGGGGAACCUCCUCCAGUGGCCACUUGGAUGAAGGGUGAGGAGAUCUUCGCAGAGAAGGAGGGCCGGGUUCGCAUAGAAGAGCGGAAGGAGCUGAGCAGUUUUGUGAUAGAGAGCGCUGAGCGCUCAGAUGAAGGGAGUUACACCAUCAAGGUGACCAAUCCAGUGGGUGAGGAUGUUGCCUCCUUGAACAUCAAGGUUGUGGAUGUUCCUGAUCCGCCUGACUCUGUGCGCAUCACCUCUGUUGGAGAGGACUGGGCCAUUUUGGUGUGGGACCCACCAAAGUAUGACGGCGGCAUGCCUGUUACUGGGUACCUCAUGGAGCGCAAAAAGAAGGGAAGCAUGCGCUGGAUGAAACUGAACUUUGAAGUCUUCACUGAGACCACCUAUGAGUCCACCAAGAUGAUUGAAGGGGUGCUGUAUGAGAUGCGUGUCUUCGCUGUCAACGCCAUUGGAGUCUCUCAGCCCAGCCAGAACACCAAACCUUUCAUGCCUAUUGCCCCAACCAGUGAGCCAAUCCACCUCACCUUGGAGGAUGUGACAGACACCACAGCCACACUGAAGUGGCGUCCUCCAGACCGGAUUGGCGCAGGCGGCAUUGAUGGCUACCUCAUUGAGUACUGCAAGGAAGGAAGUGAUGAAUGGAUACCUUGCAACACAGAGCCAGUAGAACGUUGUGGCUUUACUGCUAAAGACCUUCCAACGGGCGAGAAGCUUUUUUUCCGGGUCAUUGCGGUCAACAUUGCAGGCAGGAGUGUCCCAGCCACUUUUGCGCAGCCAGUCACUAUCCGAGAGAUUGUCCAGCAACCCAAGAUUCGUCUGCCUCGCCAACUUCGGCAGACGUACAUCAGAAAAGUUGGGGAGCAAAUCAAUUUGGUGAUCCCUUUCCAGGGUAAACCCCGUCCCAUAGUUACCUGGACAAAGGAUGGAAAGCCUCUGGAUGCCAGUCAGAUCAAUAUCCUCACCUCAGACCUCGACACCAUCCUUUUCAUCCGCAAGGCUGAACGGCACCAUUCAGGAGCCUAUAACCUUUCGGUUAAGAUUGAGAACAUGGAAGACAAUGCCGUCAUCAAGAUUCGAGUCGUGGAGAAACCUGGGCCAGCCCACAAUGUGAUGGUGAAGGAGGUGUGGGGUUUCAAUGCAUUAGUGGAGUGGGAACCUCCCAAGGAUGAUGGGAAUUCAGAGAUUACUGGCUAUUCGAUCCAAAAAGCUGACAAGAAGACCAUGGAGUGGUUCACUGUAUAUGAGCACAAUCGUCUGACUCGUUGCACAGUGUCUGACCUCAUCAUGGGCAAUGAAUACUACUUCCGGGUCUACAGUGAGAACAUCUGUGGGCUGAGCGAGACCCCUGGGGUCUCUAAAAAUACAGCCAACAUUCAGAAAACAGGAAUAAUCUGUAAAAAAUUAAACUACAAGGAACAUGACUUCAGCAUGGCUCCCGUUUUCAUAACACCACUGGUAGACCGUACGGUAGUGGCUGGCUAUACUACUGCCCUGAACUGUGCAGUGAGGGGUCAUCCGAAGCCCAAGAUAAUCUGGAUGAAGAACAAAAUGGAUAUCAGUGGAGACCCCAAGUUUCUGCAGAAAAACAAUCAAGGGGUGCUCACUCUUAGCAUCCGCAAACCAAGUCCCUUUGAUAGUGCAACUUACUCCUGCAAGGCUGUCAACGAACUGGGCGAGGCCAUUGCAGAAUGCAAGCUGGAUGUCAAAGCACCACAGUAACCUUGUUGCCACCAUGCACAGAAGAGCUUAUGAAAAGCCCCCUCCUUUUUUCUCCAUGGCGUCCCUUCCCACUUUGUGCCAAUGCUACGGGGAGCCUGGAAGUGUCUGCCUCCCCCCUCUCCCCCCACCCCAAAGAUCCCACAUCUAUCAUGUGCUUGGAUAGGAGCUACCACAGACCAGCCAGCCCACUCCUGUAUCCGUCUGUAUGCGUGUGUCUAUGUGGUCGGUUGUUGUGUCAAUAAAGUCAUCCUUGACGGGA